UCCUCGGCUGUGUGGUGUGCAUAAAGCGUAAGCCUUCGCUGAAACGUCUCUUGUGGCAGAUGUCCCUUGGAUUUACUUCUUGGAGUCAACCCAGCAGACCCCUGAUGACCGUUGGAUGUUACUGACGAGCCAUGACUGCAGUGUCUCAAAGUCUCCUUUGCAAGUGUCUACCACUUUUUCUCUCAUUAUUAGGCUUGGCUUGGUGUUCAGAUCAUGAGACUCGACUGGUGAAGGAACUGUUCAAGGGCUACAACAAAGUGGUCCGGCCAGUUGAAGACCACCGCCAUGCAGUUGUGGUAACAGUUGGCCUGCAGCUCAUACAGCUUAUUAGCGUGGAUGAAGUGAAUCAGAUUGUAACGACCAACGUGAGGCUGAAGCAGCAAUGGGUUGAUGUCAAUUUAAAGUGGAAUCCAGAUGAGUAUGGGGGGAUAAAAAAGAUCAGGAUCCCUUCAACCGAUAUUUGGCGCCCAGAUCUCGUCCUCUACAACAAUGCCGACGGUGACUUUGCCAUUGUGCAUGAAACCAAAGUACUUCUGGAACACAGUGGGAAGAUCACCUGGACCCCUCCUGCUAUUUUUAAAAGCUACUGUGAGAUUAUUGUGACACACUUCCCAUUUGACCUGCAGAAUUGCAGCAUGAAGCUGGGUACCUGGACGUAUGAUGGCACGUGUGUCGUUAUCAACCCGGAAAACGACCGUCCAGACUUAAGCAACUUCAUGGAAAGCGGAGAGUGGGUUAUGAAAGACUAUCGCAGCUGGAAGCACUGGGUCUAUUACUCCUGCUGCCCUGACACGCCAUAUCUGGACAUCACCUACCACUUCCUCAUGCUGCGCCUACCUCUCUACUUCAUUGUUAACGUCAUUAUUCCCUGUCUGCUUUUUUCCUUCUUGACUGGACUGGUGUUUUAUCUUCCUACUGACUCAGGUGAGAAGAUGACUCUGAGCAUCUCGGUCUUGCUGUCCCUGACUGUCUUCCUCCUGGUUAUUGUGGAGCUCAUCCCCUCCACAUCCAGCGCCGUGCCCCUAAUUGGCAAAUAUAUGCUCUUCACCAUGGUAUUUGUCAUCACAUCCAUCAUCAUUACAGUGAUCGUGAUUAACACCCACCAUCGCUCUCCCAGCACACACACCAUGCCCCAUUGGGUGCGCAAGAUUUUUAUCGAUACCAUUCCAAACAUUAUGUUCUUCUCCACAAUGAAGCGGCCUUCCAGAGACAAACAUGAUAAGCACAUUUUCACGAAGGAUAUUGACAUCUCUGAUAUUUCCGGGAAGCCCAGUCCUGCCUCAGUUACUUUCCAGUCACCAAUAACCAAAAACCCUGAUGUGAAAAGUGCAAUUGAAGGUGUCAAGUACAUCGCUGAGACAAUGAAGUCUGACCAGGAGUCCAACAAUGCAGCUGAAGAGUGGAAAUUUGUGGCAAUGGUCAUUGAUCACAUCUUGCUUUGUGUCUUCAUGCUUGUUUGUAUCAUUGGCACAUUGGGCGUCUUUGCUGGGCGCAUCAUUGAGCUGAAUAUGCAAGAAUAAAGAGUUUCUUUUGGCUGGUGGGGGGGUUCCCUGGUUCCCUUUGUUUUAUGGCUGAAUUAUUGUGAAGUUUUGAAAAGUUUGGAAAGUCAACCUUUUAAAAUAAUAUGCUUAUAUUAAAUAAAGUACAACAUUAUUACAGCAGAGUAUGAGAAUAAUGUGCCAGCACAGAGGUUAUCUGUCAGUUCUGGGUACAAUGGGGAAUCCUAGUGUAGAAGCGCUGAUAUUUAAACUUAAUUACAAUACCCCCUGUUUCUAAUAUUUGGUUAUAUUAGGAUGAGUUUAUUCUCUUUCUCAGAGCCACUUUACAGCCUUUCCUCUUUUAUGAAAAUCACAAUUUUCAUCAGAUUUUAAAUUAUCGCCUACAAAAGAUGGGAGAGGUGUGUCUGAUUGUAUUCUCCAUGGGUUCCAAAAUUUAGAACCUACUACUUACAGAAGGUAGCAAUGAUGACAAAUGAAGGAUUUAUAUAAUACAAUAUUUUCUAAAAUUGCAUUAGUGAGCUCCACCAGUGCCACAUUAAUAGUGCCAUUCUGUAAGAAAGAGGGCAGCAUGAACCAUUUUAACUAAAUUAGUGAUUUAUCUUAUAGAUUGAAAAACAGCAGACAGUUGGAGCAGCUAUUGUGAAAUAUAUAACGUGUAAUGUUUUUGAUAUCCAUUUUUUAAGGUAUUGUUUUUGUAUGAUACUGAAUAUGUUGUUGUAUAUAACAUCUGAAGGAGAAAUAAAGUUCUACUUCUCUUCGA